UCGAACUUCAAUAGCUUCAAUAAGCCGCUCGUAGUGCAUGAAGUGUAUAUAAACACGAACGCUAGCGUUGCAGCCUUGCAGGCGUUUGUCUUUUCACAGCUGCUUCGUUAGGUCUCCCUCCAGGCCCUUUGGGUUCAGCUCCCCUGUCGGCUCCUUCUUGGAUCCUGCCAUAGCCGCCUCGGCUAUCUCUGAGCCAUCCUCACGAUUCCUCAGCGGCCAAACGGCUAGAAAACAUGGCAGACCUCCCGGCUUUCUCCUCCUCUUCGAGUCCGAAAUCAAGUCCGAAAUCUAUCUCCCGCUGGGGCUUCAAAGGGCUAGCAUAUCUGUUUCUCUCACUAGCGGUACUAGCCGUAAGCUUUGUGUUCUUUGUCCAUGGUGGAUCGUCUUGUGGCCAAUCGGUGCGUCGGACGCCGAAGGAGGGAGCGGCUAGUAUGGAGAACGAGGAGACGAUGGAUUCUUGGCUUUCCCCGACACAAAAACCGGCUGCCAGAUUUGCCCUCGAAGAGCGGAGACUUUCGCUUUCUAGAAUUCAUGUCUCAAUUCUAGAGAGUUCGACGGUCAAUCUAGUGGGUGAUGUGCUUGAGAAAUCUCCCUGUCUUGGGUGCACUAUACCCUCUCUCGUUCUCUCUCUCGAUGACAGAACUUUGUACUUCUCGCAGAAGACAGGUUCAAAUACAAGCGUAGUUCGAAAAGCUCUUCUAGUACAUCCCUCCUCCUCCUCCUCCUCCUCCUCCUCCUCGUCUUCGAAGUCGGCAGGGAGGUCUUAUCAGGUGUCAGAUCUGACAAGAUUGACAGGAGAAGGGUGUUCCUGUACUGCUCUGGAGAUCCUCGGCGAAGUAGAUGGGGUGUCCAUUCUGCUGGCGAUCAUCAACGGCAGCGAUGGAGUUUGGCAAAUCGACGGUACGGACGGGAGGAGAUCUGAGUUCAUCACAGUCACGGAUAUCACCACCUCUCCCUCCUUCGGAUUGGUAAUGCAUCCGAUCGAACCGUUUGUCUUCGCUGCUGUCUCUUCGUCUCGCAUUUUGAAGCUCUCUCUCCUCGAAGAGCCUCAGUCUGUGGACUCUGUUGAGCUCUCAGAGGAGGAGGAGAGCUCCCUGCUCACAGGUGGUCCCCACAGGGGGGGGGGGGUCCAUGCUUCUUCCUCCUGGAUCGGCUCCGACUCGCCCGCCUUGCGCUUCAAUCAACCGCGGAUAAACCCCGGUUCGAUCUCAUCUGACGGCUCUUUCCUCUACAUCGCCGACACGCAAAACGCAGCCGUGAGGCGCAUCAAUACCCACACAGGCGACGCUGACACACUCGCGCUCACUUCCUUAGCCGCCACGUGGCACGCUCCCUACCUUCCCUUCUCUACAGCAAUCACCUCUGAUGACUGCAAUCUAUUCGUUGCAGGGCACCUGCUUGGCAAUAAGAAGAUAAUCCUCACACUGAUAUCCUUCCAUGCUCCCAACGGAAGGGUCGUGCUGAACAAAACGCUGGCGAUCGUCGACAGCCCCUCCUCGUCUGCUGUCGUUGUUAACCCCACAGAGACAGCAAGCAGCAAUCAUCACACAAGUGGUGUCUUGGAGGAAGCACUUCGUUUGGUACUUAGCCGAAUGGACACACAUCUGUACCUGAGCACUGGCAAUGGCCAGAUACUUGAGUUCGAGGUCAAUCGAAGCGCGCUCGCCAGAGGCAAGGUGCACGACCCAAGCCACCCCCCUACCUUCCGUCGCUUCCUUGCGGGUACACCUCCCGCUAAAUCGAGCGCAUCAGCUCAGGCGCCUAAGGCCGACGUCACCCCCGCUGCUCACCCGUCUAAGGCCUCCCAUCUGACUUCUCCCUCACCCUCUCUCACGUCGUCCUCUUCUGCUUCUCCCGUUGUUUCUCCUAACGCAAGCCAGACUGUGAACAGCACGCCCGCCCCUCCCUCUUCUCCCUCCUCCUCCUCCCCAGACUCCUCUCUCCCACCCUCUUCUUCUUCUCCUGCAGUUGUGUCCUCUGGAGCAAGCCAAACGGUGGACGACAGUUUGCCUUCCGUUAACGGCGUAGCCAGCUUUCCUCCUCCGUUUGCGACCGUUUCUUCCUCGUCGUCUCCGUCCCCCGUCCCUUCCAUCUCUUCUGAUCCUAGCCCUCCAGUCGUCGUCAUUGUCAUUGUAGUUAUCUCGGCAGUGGUCGUCGCUUUGCUCUUGUUACUUUGCCUAUUUUGUCGUCGGAGGCCAAGUGGUCCUUGUUCCUGUUUCCAGCCAGCACCACCGCGUCAUCCGCCCCAUCGCAUUCUCUGUCCUUGUUUUCCCUGCCCUCUUCCCCCUUUGCCAAUCGCUCCUCCACCAUCUCCUCGACGAUCUCCUCAACGACCUCCUGGCGGGGACUUUCGUAAGCGAAUCAAUCCCGACGAACGACAUUUGCCUCAGUCCAAGACGUUGGAUUGGGCGUCCAGGUUGCGGGUAGUGCAGCAGAUAGCUCAGCAGUUGAUGCGUUUGCACCACUCCAACCCACCACUUGCGCACCGGUAUGUCAGGGACCGGAGUAUCCUCGUGGAGGGGAGCGGAGACCAGUUGCGUGCGCGCCUUUUGGAUCCCCCAAGUCAAAACCCCGAGCUGUUGCUUGCCCAGGACGGUUAUCUCCCUCCGGAGUGCCUGAGAGCAGCGGAUUUGACAGUGCAGAGCGAUAUCUAUGCCUUCGGGGUGGUGUUGUUUCAAAUAGUCUGCGGAAGGAAGCCGAUGGUCGACCCCGCUGCGGAGCCCGAAUUGCCCUUUGGCCCCUUUCAGAUGCCUGAGCAGGCUAUUCGCCACAAGAGGGGACCCCUUACUCUUAUUCAGUUUUGUAGGGGGUUUAUUGACAACGAGGCAUUUGCGUUUCAGCUGCUGUACGAAAUGGUAGACCCCCGGCUGACACUGCGAAGGGAUCCAUCCGCGGAGUUCGAGAUGAUGGCCGUGGCUCAUCUGGCCAAAGAAUGCACGCAGGAUUGGACAGAGGAUCGUCCAAACGAUCGAGAACGUUGCAUGGAAGUCGUCUAUCGCAAGCUGAGAGGGGACUUCGUGCCAAGGGCUGCGGAUGCACCCCCGGCACAGCAGCAGCAGCCAGCUGCACGAGCAUGGGCGUUGGUUCGGGACCAUCUCGUCCUGCCUUGGGGAUCUCGAUAGUUGAUUCGAUCGGCAGUAAUAUGCUAUCGAAUCUACGGCAGUAGAGUGCCCCCGAGU